GAACUCCUUCCUGCACUACCCGCCUGUGCCUGUGGCCAACCUUCCGUGUGUUGUUGAUGAAACUUCAUACAGCUGGAAAAUGAACAGUCUUUGAAUUUGUUGAACUUUCAGAAUUCGUAAUUUAAGAUUACAAAAUGAAUUCCAAGGAACUGAUCAUUCGGGUGCGCUCUGCGGAGAAGAUGCACCGCAUGGUCUUUACUUCUCCAGCUGCCUCCACAAGCGACCUGCUCAAAAUGGUCUGCGAAGAACUGAAAGAUUCGCCAGACAACUACUCGCUCCACACAGAGCAGAGGACGAGCAGUCCUGCUGUGCCCAUCUCAUCUAGAAAUCUGCUGAACAAGUAUGCAAGUGGUCAAGUUUUCUAUCUGUUCCGUUCUCCGCACGCUCCGUCAAUGGAUCAGGAGGAAUCGAUGCAGACUGAGGAGACUGUUAGAAAGGAAAUCGUCAUGGAACCCAUCGACGUGCAGUUGCUGGCCGAGUCUGGCAAAAUCGAGAGGGGCAGAGACGAGAAACUGUGUCGUCACGGACAGAAUGGAAGGUGCAUCCACUGCUCACCGUUGGAGCCGUACGAUGAGGCUUACCUCAAGGAGCACAACAUCAAACAUUUGUCCUUCCACUCUUAUCUGAAGAAAAAGUCCUCAUCUGCCAGUGGAUCAAAGUUUCUUGGUUUGGAAGAUCUCGAAUGCAAGAUCAAACCUGGAUGCAGGGACCACUUGCCGUGGCCAGCUGCGGUUUGUACCAAGUGCUCGCCAAGUGCAGUCACCCUCAAUAGACAGUCCUACCGACAUGUUGACAAUGUGAUGUUUGAGAACUCGAGGCUCGUGGAGCGUUUCCUCAAUUUCUGGCGGACAACAAGCUACCAGCGCAUUGGCUUUCUGUACGGCCGCUACGAGGCCCACACAGACGUGCCUCUCGGGAUCAGAGCCACUGUUGCAGCCAUCUACGAACCGCCUCAAGAAAACUCAAAGGAUCUGGUCAAGUUGCUGCCUGACGAGCGGCAGGACAUUGUGGACAGUUUGGCGCAGGCUUUAGGUCUGAAGAAGGUCGGCUGGAUCUUCACCGACUUAGUUGCAGAAGACAUUAAAAAAGGAACAGUGAAAAAUCUUCGUGGUAUCGACACCCACUUCCUGUCGGCCCAGGAGUGCAUCACGGCCGGCUACUUCCAGAACCAGCACCCCAACUACAUUCACAAGUCACAGUUCGGCUCAAAGUUUGUCACCGUCUGUGUGACCGGAGACAAGAACAAUCAGGUGCACAUGGAGGGCUACAGUGUGUCCAACCAAUGCAUGGCCCUGGUCAGGGACAACUGUCUUGUGCCAACCAAGGACGCCCCCGAGCUGGGCUACAUCAGGAUCCAGGGCGACAACGAGUUUGUGCCUGAUGUCUUCUACAAGGUGACUGACGAAUUCAAGAAUGAGGUCCAAAGACGCGCCAGGCCUCUGCCUGUUGAGUACUUGCUGGUGGACGUGCCUGCCUCCACCCCUCUCAACCCCCAAUACACCUUCUUGGCGAACCAGUCAGUGCACAACAAGAAUCCCUUUCCAAAUGAAAACAGACUCGUUGACAAGCAAAUCCAAGAUUUCAACGCUCUCACUGAUUAUUACCAGCAGUUCAAUUUGCUGAACGAGGGCGACAACACAGCCGAGAUGGCGAGAAGGUUCCUUGAGGCCAUGUCAGACUUCCAUGUGCUGCUCUACCUUGCCACCAUGGACAUGUUGCCAUUUAAGGAUCACAUGGCUGGCCUGCUGCAGGCAGUGAGGACAGAGGACGCAGAGGCUGCUUGGACGUGGUCUCGAACGUCGCAGUGGACAACAGUCGAGCAACUGAUGCUUGCAGCUGGCAGCUCAGACAUGUCGGCCCCCAGCAGCUUCUCACCAAUGAAUGAGAUGCCAUCGCUGCCUGGUGCGGAACCUUGGAAGUGUAAAUACUGCACCUACGAGAACCAGCCAAGCCAGUCGAGCUGCGAGAUGUGCAACCUGCCUCGAUAAUAAAGACGCGCCGAAAUCAACCCCCUUUUAAAUGCUACAGGAAUCCACUGAGCGCUUUGGAAUUCGGUGGCCGCGCUUUCAAAUUUUCAGUUAUGCUGCUCCAAAGGAAAUUAAUUAUUUGUACAAGAACUUGAAAGAAUGAAGAAUUUGCUACGGACAA